AUGAGCAAAUUCGGAGGCGGUGCCAUAUGUCCACGUUGCUCAAAGACCGUCUAUGCCAACGAAUCGGUUAAUGGUCCUAGUGGGGGUAGCUGGCAUAAGGCGUGCAUGACGUGUAAAGAAUGCAACAAGCGUCUCGACUCUAUGAACUUGACUGAAAAAGAUGGAGAAGCAUACUGCAAGACCUGUUAUGGCAAAUUAUAUGGUCCAAAAGGCUAUGGAUACGGAGGUGGAGCAGGCACACUCUCCACAGAUUCAACAAUCACCAGUAUACCUAGAUCUGAGUCAGGACUCCAGGCUGCAUCACCAUCCCCUCGUACCUCAACAACCACACCGAGUGCACCUGAAGCUGAAGCGCUGAAGAAGUUUGUUGGAAGUGAUGUGUGCCCGAACUGCUCAAAACAAGUCUACUUUGCAGAGCAACAACUGGGGCCAGGUGGUAUCAAGUACCACAAGUCGUGUUUCAAAUGUACCGACUGUGGGAAGAGACUCGACUCGACACUAUCUGCUUCAAAAGACAACGUGCUGUAUUGCAAAGCAUGUCAUGGAAAGAAGUUUGGGCCAAAGGGAUAUGGAUUUGGAGGUGGAUCUGCAUUCCUGACUGUUGACUGA